GAGGUCAAACCAUCAAACCAACGACAGACCGUAGCCAGCUAGCUAGUUGGUUAGUCCUCAACACACUAACACUAGCUAGCGUUAACGUUACUCCAUGUAACUUACAUUUGCAUUUCUUUAUGUUUCACUGUGAAAGCAAGCACUUUAACCAUGGACUGAGCUGACGGUACGAUAACGACUUUUUUCACCAAGACCAGCCGCUCGUAGUCAUGUUUUAGCCGGCUAUCUUGGUAACUAACACCGAGGUCUACUGUUAGCUCUGGUGCUAAUUGCUGUCAUGUUUAACGUGAAGACAAGAAGACAAACUGUACGUUAAACGUUGCUCGACUUUCGUAACACAAAACAACCAACAGCCAGUACUUCGCUGCUAGAAAAGAACCAUUUUAUGAGGGACUCACCUGAAGCUGCAUCACUGCUGCUCCUAAAAUGAGGAGACUGACCAAGAAGAAGGCUCUGACUCUGGUAAAGGAGUUGGACGCGUUUCCCAAAGUUCCCGAUAGCUAUGUGGAGUCCACAGCCAGCGGUGGGACAGUGUCCCUGAUAGCGUUCACUCUCAUGGCUGUCCUCGCCUUCCUGGAGUUCUUUGUGUACAGAGACACAUGGAUGAAGUAUGAGUAUGAGGUGGACAAGGACUUUAGCAGUAAGCUGAGGAUAAAUGUUGACAUUACAGUGGCCAUGAGAUGCCAAUAUAUAGGUGCGGAUGUCCUGGAUCUGGCAGAGAACAUGGUUGCUUCUGAUGGCUUAAAAUAUAUACCAGUCAACUUUGAGCUCUCCCCAGAGAGAAGAUUAUGGCACAUGACACUUCUGCACAUCCAGGAGCGUCUGAGAGUGGAGCACGCUCUCCAGGACGUACUUUUCAAGGCUGCAAUGAAAGGAGCUCCUCCUGCUGAGCCUCAAAGUGAGGACAGUCCCACUACCCUUAAUGCCUGCAGGAUACACGGACACCUGUAUGUCAACAAGGUGGCAGGAAAUUUCCACAUUACUGUUGGCAAGUCCAUCCCUCAUCCCAGAGGCCAUGCUCAUCUAGCUGCACUUGUCAGCCAUGACACUUAUAAUUUCUCUCACCGGAUUGACCACCUGUCCUUUGGAGAAGUGGUUCCUGGGAUUAUUAGCCCUCUGGACGGCACAGAGAAGGUCUCUGCUGAAUCUAACCACAUGUUUCAGUACUUUAUCACCAUUGUGCCCACCAAACUGAACACCUACAAGGUUUCUGCAGAAACACACCAGUACUCCGUCACUGAGCGGGAACGAGUGAUAAACCAUGCUGCAGGCAGUCAUGGAGUCUCAGGGAUCUUUAUGAAAUACGAUAUAAACUCACUAAUGGUCAAAGUCACCGAGCAGCACAUGCCUCUCUGGCAGUUUCUUGUUCGACUCUGUGGCAUCAUUGGAGGCAUUUUCUCCACAACAGGCAUGCUCCAUGGUGUGAUAGGAUUCUUGGUUGAUGUUAUUUGCUGCCGUUUCCAAAUGGGAAUCUACAAACAUCUUAAGGAGGUUCCUCUGAAUGAGCAGCCAAACACUGAGACUAUGAUUCCCCCAGAAAAUGACGCUCAAUAAUGAGCUCAGCAGCAGCCGACUGUCAGCUCACCAUCUCUGCCUAACCCACUAGACCGUAACGAGACGUUGGGAAAUGUUUACAAGUUGUUUUAUUAGGGAAUACCGGCUUUGUUCAGAAGUCUGUAAAUAUUUGUAUCAUUUUUAAAAAAAGUUUUAUGGGGUGUGUGUUGGAUUCAGACUUUUUUUUUUAUCCAUCUGUGAAAGAUCAUAAUCAAUACCGCCAGUAAUUAUCUGUCACUUUCAACGUGCCAUCCAAGGAGGACUAAACGGCAGUCCAAACCCUAAUUAUUUCCAUCAUUAUUGUGGAUUUGACUUCAUUAAAUACAUGGUACCUGGUGUUAGCAUGCCCACGUUACAUAACAGGGUUAUGUGGGCAUGUGUAAGUCUAAUUGAAAGAUACAUGUCUUAACAGAUAAUUGUGAUUCUGAUUUUUUUCAUGUAGUUUGGUGACCUCAGAAACUCCAGCAUAUCACUGCUCAAUCCCAAGCUGAAAAGAGGCCUAAUCAGCCACAAUAAAGGAAAGACCUGUGUGGGUGUGCAGGGGUUUUAAAUUAAAGUGUGCCUGUGUGCAAAUAUGAGGCUGAUUUGUUAAAUAAAAUCCACUUUCAACUUGA